UGGAAGUUGGACAGAAUGCCCCUCUGAUCUAUAUAUAAAUCUAUUUUUAUAUAGUUUGUUUUUCAGACUGUUUUUCCAGACAUGGUUACAUCUGGUGAACAGAGGCAUCUUCUGUAGCCACCUCUGUUUGCAGCCUUUCCCCAUCUCAGAUGCAAGGUCAGGCAGAGCUGGAGCCAGCUCCGAAUUAGCGAGAGAUUUGACUAUUGUGAAAUUCAUAACAACAUUAAAACUGAUCCUUGGAAAGUAAUAGAAGAUGCCAGAAGAUUUCUGAGACAACUUUUACACAUGUGAGUGGGAAAUCCAUUCUGUCCCAGCUCUUGUCUCGCUGCACACGAUGGAUGUAGGAUUUGCCCUUGUGUUGCCUCGCCCUGAUAAUGGAUGCUCACUUUCUAAAUCACCAAAAGCAAAUCUUGGAGAGUUUAUGUGCUGGAAUUUUCGGUAUGACCUCCAGCCCUGCUGGUGCCCUCAGUGCCGCAGGGUACCGAGAGCCCGGCAGCAACACCCGCUGUGGAGGGCGGCGAUCCUUGAGGAGAGGGAGCCCCAGCCCUGGAGAGCAGGACGGGGCCGCUGAUACUGAAGACAACUGCCUGAUGGUUAAAUAGGUGUGGUUUUUCUUGUGUUGUCCAUAAUGAGGGUGGUGAGGCACUGGCACAGGUUGCCCAGCAAAGUUGUGGCUGCCCCAUCCUUGGAAGUGUCCAAGGCCAGGUUGAAUGGGGCUUUGAGCAACCUGAUCUAGUGGGAUGUCCCUGCCCAUGGCAGGGGGGUUGGAACUGGGUGGGCUUUAAGUUGACUUUCAACUAAAAACAUUCAAUGAUAACACAGAUUAGAACUAGCUUUAUGAAUUUAAAAAAUACCCAACCUAGUGAAGGAUGUUAAGUGCACAAUUCUUGCUGUAUUUACCGGGGCAAAAGGGACAGGGCUUUGAAGCAAGAGAGAUCAGCACCUUCAGUACGUGCCAAGAGACUCAGAUGAUGUUCCUACAUCUGCCAGGGCAGUGUUGUGCAAUACUGACUAAUCAUAACUGAGUGCUGGGUACUCUGAAAUGCCACAUCUGAAUCCGAGUGCACCGUAUUAGCAGAUAUUUUUGUUCUUAACUUGGUUCCUUGGCUUCCCUCUGUAAAAUGAAGGAGAAGCACUCUCAUUUUGCCAGUGUGAUCUAGCUUGUUUCAGUGUCUAAAAGCUUGAUAUUUAGUAUUUCCAAACUAUCAGUGGACACUACUUUUUGAGGAAAAAACAGCACUUUGAGGGAUGCCAAAUUGUUUACAAAUUAAUUUCCCUUCAAUGAGAAAUCAGAAUUGUUGGUUCUUAUUUUCAUUCAGUUUGAAGCCACGUUUAAAGUUCUUAGCUCCUUGCAAAACUGUAUUUCCUACUAAGAACUCUAAUAUAGUGAUACAGUUUCUAAGGAUUAUUAAUGAGUGUUUGCAUAUGCAUUAAUUUACAUUAUUUCUAGUGUAUGGUGAGAGCAUAUCUAGUGCUUCAUGAGAGUUCAUCUAGUGCUUCAUGAGCAGCUUCUCUGCUCAGAGAGAAGGAGGUUAAUGCCCUCCUUUUACCUGGGGAGGGGAAAAUAGGUGUGUUAAAAGUCAUAUUUAGUGCAAGCACAGUGCAGUUUUCACUGUGAAAAAAGGAAACUUCUCUGUCAGCCUUAGCAGAGGGUGUAACCCCAAGCCUUGUUCUGUUUCUGCAAAAUAUUUCCAACGCCCGAUCAGCACGUCAAGCUGACUGUCUCUGCCAUUAACACGUGCGCUAAAUGAAGAGCUUAAAAUUAAUUCCCGACUUGUGCUUAAAAUUAAACACCCUGAACAUAAAAAGAAGGCAUAUUAGAAAUGAUGGUGGUUUUUCUUUUCCCACUUUAAACAAAAAAAAAUAAAUUAAUGUUUUAUUUAACUUGCAAGUGCUCUUGACAACCACGAAAGCAAUAUAUUUGUAAGGAAAACAAAGAUGCUUCAUUUUGUCAUGAUAUGAACUGGACGGAAAUCGCAACUUAUCUCACAAUGCAUGCUGGUAUCACAAGAAAUGACCACACCAUCUCUAUUUUGGUUAGAAAUGAUUUAACUCUGGACGACCCUUAGAGAGGAUGCAAAUAGCAAACUACUCUGGUAGAAAUUUGGCAAGAGGAUUUGUAAGGUUCACACUGUUGUCCUACUGCUGUUCCUGCCAUUAGGGGCAAAAAUAUUGUUGUUGUCAGUGUCACUCAAUACAUGACAUGUGGCAGGAAAAUAACAAACAGGAUGAGCAGCCGCCCAUGUUCUGGUCUGGAGGUUUAUCAGCCCGGGGAGUUCUAGGACAAUGGGCUAUGUGGGCAGGUUAAGUUAUACUUAUUACUUUUCUUCUAGGGAGAAUUAGGCUAAGCCUAGUUAAAGUCACUUUAUCCAGAGUGUGAGGCCUCAGAUUCAUGUGGACACCAAAGGGGACGAUGACCUUUUGCAUCAGAGGCUUUGCCCACAGGCGUGCCGUUGUCCCACUGCAGUUAAUGUAGCUCUCCGGAUGCUGGACCACCUUGCAUUACACUGAGGGCCAAAUUAACUUGAAUUAGGGAUAAUUACCACGGCUGAACUGGCAGGCAGCCAUUUGCCAGCCCAGAGGAACUUGUGUCUGAGCUCAGAGGCUAUGCUUGUGUCUUCUGACCUGUGCUUUCCUCAGCAGAUUGCCCUGGGGUUUAGCUGAAAGCUGCUUCCCCAUCUCUGUUUUCUUACCCAGGGUCCAGGAGGCAAGAAAGGCCACGUGCUGCACAGAGGUAUCACUGCAUAAAGACCUAUGCCUGAGUUUCCAGAUGACAACUAAUUAUUAAAUAUAUACAGACACCUUAGCAGGAAUUUUGAAGGUCGGGUUGGAUCUGGCUCUGAGCAACGUAAUCUAGUUUUAAAGAUGUCCCUGCACCUGCAGGGAGGGUUGGAUUAGGUGACCUGUAAAGGUCCCUUCCAACCCAAAGCAUUCUAUGAUUUUACGAUUUUGCAGCUGAGUACAAAGCAUCCUGGGCUCCUUCUCCUUGGAAGGGGAUGCCAUUCUGUCAAUGCUGGAGUGUGGUGCCAAGUGGCAGCCGAGCCCAACACAAAACCUAGCAUGAGCCAUUGUUUUCUCUGAAAUUGGAACUCAGCCUGAACUGUGGUUUAAAAAAUUUCUUGAAGUGUGAGUUUGAAUGAGCAUCGGUCAUAGCUGAACGCCAUCCAGCAUUUAAGCAAAACCUCAUGGUGCUCGGACUUUCUGCAGAGAGGGGAAUUUAAGUCACCAUAAUUUGCAUGCCGGUUUGCCAGGAAGAAGACCAAAAAUAUGUGAGUUCAUAUAUUUAUUAACCACUUCUCACUGUCUUCCUCUUCAAAAUCUUUCCUGCCACUCUCUUCUGGAUGAUUGUCACAGAAGACGUGCCACCCGCAGGGACUUUAUGUGACUGCCCGCAGUUCUGCCUUGGGUCUCCUCAGUUUCUGUGGCGGGAAUAGCCUUGGUCUUUCCUCUUGAAGGUGUCAUUCUUUCAUUUUGCUCCAUUUUGCUGUUCCUUGCAAAGCCCCUGGUGUUGCAGGGCAUCACGCAGACCCUGUGAUCCUGGCCCAUGCUCUCUUGUAGCCUUGGCCUGCGGCCCUGGGAAGCUGUGCCUGUGGGCCAGCUUGGAGAAGGCAGGAUUAGACCUAACUCCUCACUCUUGUCUCAGACUCUCCACAGGACACUGGUGGCUGCCCAGAGGGACCCAGUUUUUCUUUGGGUAUUUUUUUUCCCUGCAGUGGAAGGGUUUUCCAUCAGAACACAGCCACGCAGGGAGUAGCUUCUGAUUGUCCUGUGCUAUGGUGCACAUGAGCAGAUAAAUGAGACGUAUGAGAGGUCUUCCUUUUGCUAUCGAAAAAUGUUUACCAGGAAAAAAACCAAUGAAAAAUAAAAAAAAAAAAAAAGAGAAGAUUGCCAUCUGUGUUUGAGCAACCUAAGCAAUGCAAACCACAGAGAAAACAGUUUGUGACAGAUAUAAUUAGGCUGGGGUCCCAGGAGCACACACCCACCUCAGCCUACAAAAAGACCAAAGCUUAAUUGUGGGUGCAAAGAGCAAACACCACGCGUGGUGGUGUGACUCCUGGGUGUGACAUCUGGGCUGAUCCCCUGCAGCCACUGUACCGGUGAGUCCCCUCCUCAGCUAUUCAUCUCUGUCUUUAUCACAUGCAGCUUCUGUGGAAAGGAAAUCAAAUUACAAACUCUCUUUUUUUUUAAAAAAAAAAAAAAUUAAUUUGCCUUCAAGCUCACUCAGUUACAAUGAUCUUUUCAGUUGCAGUUUAAGGUAGGUCUGAUAGCUAAAAAAAAUCAACAUGAAAAAGCCCCCGGGGAUGUGCAGCUCUGCAGCCUUCGGCAGGUGCUGCAAUGACUUUUUAGAAAUGGGUAUCAGGGAGAAACCAGUAGCCACAGUCACCUCUGGGUUGUACGUGGCAGGUCUCAGCCUUGAUAGCUGAAUUUUGUGCUUUUAUGAUGGGGUCAAGGCUCUGCUGGUUUGAAAUUUCAACUCCGCAAAGAGUUUCUGAAGCGAAGAGUUACAGCAGGUGGAACGGGACAGGUCUGAAAUUGCUGCAUAGCUGGGAAGGAUGAGUCACACGCAGUGAUUCCUGAAACCACAUUUUUCCUCUCCAAAAUGAGCCAAAAGGGAUCAAAUUAAUUUUGAUUAAUAAGCAGCCCUUCCUUAUCUCAAGGGCCAGUCUGUUUCUUGUCAACUUUUAAUCUGCUGUGAAUUUCCCCCGCUGGAAAAAAAAUCAGGUGCUCCCUAGAAGAUCUGAAAGCUCAUUGUUUCUAACACCCCAUUAUUGUUAUUAUUGAUAUAAACUGUAAAAACUGCAGCAGUAACGACACAGCAAAACCCCAGCAGGAGGUGGCCACUGUGGUUAGCAUGCUGCCUCCUCUGUGCUGCAGGUGAGGUCGUGACACUUUGCAUCUCAGACCGUAGGAAUCUGGCUGAAAUUUCAGCUCUCCCUUUAUUUACCAUGAUGGGGACAGAGAUGAGGAAAACCCCUUGUGGGGCUGUUGGCACCAGAGACUUUGCCAUCUUGAACCAUGGCUGGGAAAGGAGCGUUUUGCACUUCUUUCCACAGACUUGUCCAACAUCAUUCACAUAUGCGUGGCCGUGACCAGUCAUAUUUUCUGCAUCAUAGUAUUUAUGUGUGGUAUAUCUGAUUUAUAGGCAUCAUACAGGUGGUUCCUUUCAGCUGGCUCACAUAUUUUUACUGGCAUAAAUUCUGCACUAAGAUUAGUAUGCUGUGGCUAUUUACUUGAUAGAAUCAUAGAAUGGUUUGGCUUGGAAGGGACCUUAAAAACCAUCUAGUUCCAACCCUUCUGCCAUGGGCAGGGACACCUCCCACUUUCCUUGGUUGUCUGCUUUGAAAAGAAGUCAAAUAAAAAUAUAUUUUGAGUUUUGACAUUAGAAGUUCAACUAGCAGGCACAGGGUACAGGCAGCAUCACUAAAAGCCACUAAAUUUAUACCUGUACUUGAAAACUGAAAGACCAGCAUAAUUCUGGGCAUAGUUCUGCAUCUUGAUAGAAAACUUAAAAGCUAAGAGCACAUACUGAGGAUUGGAUUUAAUUCUUCAAUUUAUUUUUAAACAAAUAUUAAAUGUCUAAAUGAAUAUUCCUUUACUGCAAAGAUCUCAUGCUGCCAGCCUCGCUCCUAAAUAAUUCAGAUUCAUUAAAGUUGCUUCCUGAAGAUAAUAACUGGAAGGACUAGCCCCCAGUCUGUGCUUUCUGAACACAAGAGUUUCUAAAUAGAUGAAAACAACUGCAUUAAACUUUUUUUGACCAGAUUCAGAAGCCCUGCAAAUAUGUGCUGCAAGCAUUUGCUUCGGCACCGAGCGUGCACAAAAGGAUCAAAGGCAAUUUGGGCCAGAGAGUGCCGCAAACACAAAGAAGUGGCUGCAAACACAGUUGUCGUCCCUACAAGUAGCUGCUUACAGGAAAAUGGCUUUGCUGACAAACUUGUUAAUGCAGCUAACUGUAAUGCAGGCUGGGGAGAUGAACUGCACACUGCAUCAGUUCAUGCCCCACAUAUAAUCGGGGAAGAUGUUUUCAGUUACGUGUGGUGAGAGGUUUGGCUUUGCAAGGCGACCUCUCGAUUGCUUGGCCUGCUUUUGAAGGCACGAUGUCCGGAAGAAAGGUCUGUGCUAGCUAAAGGUCCCCAGUAGUGCUGACAGGACCCACCUCAUGUUGUCCCUGGGCUUCGCCCCCAGGCACUAGCAUGAGUGGGCUGGUGCAGAACGUGUUGAAUACUUAGGAGUGUGGGACUGGCAUUGAGCCCACCAGGAUCAGCUACCUUAUGUGGUAGUAAACUGAGUUAAGAAGUAAUCUGCAGCAGGAAAAAAUAUUUUCUUGUUUACUGAAGUAUAAUGGUCUGUUUUACAGGCCAACAGCAAUAAUCAUUGCACUGAAACGCACAAAAAAUAGAUGUUAUCAGUCACUGUGGAGGAUGCGAAUAUUUUAACAGUGCAAACUAUGACUAAAGGAUGAUACUUUUCCUUGUUAGUUGCUAGACAAUUUAAGAAACACAUUUCAGUUAUUCUCAUGAAUCUUUUGGAAGAUGUCGUUCUUUCAGAUUACUUUCUUUUUUAAUGCAUGCACUGGGGACUCUACAUGUUAUUAAAAAUGAGACCACAGUGACUUUAGGACAUCAGAGAACUUAAUCAGCACAGUGCCACAGAGAAGCCAAAGACCUAAUGUAGACUACAUGUGAAUUUGUAAAAUGGAAACAGCUAAAUAAUUCAAACCAGUGACAUCGAUUUCUGUGCGGUCUGUUUGUCUCUCAGACGGGCUCUUUCCAAGGGGUUGAGGUUUUUAUUGAAAGAAGAAAGAAAAAAAGUCACAGUUCUACUUCAAAGCUGUUUCAAAUCAGUUGUUUUUUUCCCCCAUCUAGAGAUCCUCUUUCAAGACUGAGUAAAGAUCUCACUGAGGAUGGCAGUUCCAAGCUUAGUCACCCACCCUGGCAAGACCAGCCUGGAUUACUACAGCAAUGACAGCGCAGUGCUGUCCCUGUACGGGAGUCUGGUGAACAAUACAGACUUCAUGUGUGAGAGGAAACAGGUCAGGCAGUUUGCUCGAGCCUUCCUGCCGGUGUUUUUCUGGCUCAUCUUCUCUGUGGGCACAGUGGGAAAUGCCUUGGUCGUGCUCGUCUAUUGCAAAUACCAUUUCAGGAAGAGCAUGAUGGAUCGGUACCUGCUGCACCUGGCCAUUGCAGACCUGCUCCUCCUCUUAAUCCUCCCUUUCUGGGCCAAGGCUGCCUCUGAUGGCUGGAUCUUCAAGAACUUUAUGUGCAAAGUUGUCAACAGCAUGUAUAAGAUUAACUUCUACAGCUGUAGCUUGUUUCUAACCUGCAUCAGCUUUGACAGGUACAUCACUAUUGUCCAAGCGAUGAAAGCUAAAACUUCUAAGCGAAGGCGGCUGCUGCGCAGCAAACUCAUGUGCUUGACUGUCUGGCUGAUGUCUGUGAGCCUCUGCAUCCCAGAAAUCAUGUACAGCCAAAGCAUGCAGGUGGGUGAUGUAACAGUUUGCAAAAUUACUUAUCCACCAAAUGUCAGCAUGGUCUCCAGAUUUACUGUUCUGACCAUGAAAGUCACGAUUGGAUUCUUCCUCCCACUCCUUGUCAUGGUUAUCUGUUACACCCUUAUCAUCAAGACCCUCUUGCAGGCCAAAAGAUCCCAAAAGCAGAAGUCCUUGAAGAUCAUCACUGUGAUCAUCACUGCUUUCCUUCUCUCUCAGUUCCCGUACAAUAUUAUUCUGCUGGUCAAAGCCAUCAAAACAUACACCAAGGUGGCAUACAGCUGUCAGGCUGCUAAUCGACUGGACAUUGGGCUACAGGUCACCCAAAGCAUUGCCUUCCUCCACAGCUGCCUCAACCCCUUCCUCUAUGUCUUUGCUGGGGAGCGGUUCAGGAUGGCUCUGGGCAGGAUGAUGAAGAGCUGCUGUGGGUGGCAGAAUGGGAGUCAGGAGCAGUGCUCCUCCACCUGCAACAGCCAAGAACACAGCUCACACUGGUCCUUUGCCAUGCUGGGCAAGCGGCAGGUGAGAAGCUCACUGACCCUCAGCACCCAUUUGACCUCUUCCAGUAUGCCCUCUACUUCCCAGGUCCUCUUGUAAGUUAGUCCCCCCUCUCUCCCCUCUGGAGGAGCACCAGGCUCUUUGGAAAUGGUCUGUCUAUGCCAAAGACUUACUCAGAGGAAAGGGGUAGUCUGGAGGGGGGCUCCUCAGUGCCUUGUGCUUGCCAUGUGGGACCCAACCUGGGCUUGCUGGCUGAAAAGGAAACCUUUGGCACAGGACCACAAAAUGGAGCCAUGCUUCUUCUAAGCAGAACUGAUAAGGGCAUAAAAGCUCUCUUUGUGACAGCUGUAAAUACCGAUCCCAUCUGCAGCUCAGACCACAACCUGAAAUAACAAGCCUUGCAGGGAGGCAAUAAAGUCAGCUACCACAGCAGGAGAGGCACAUGAAGCACGAUGAAGUGUCUGUCCCUUCCGUGGGAAGCAGCAGGAAGGGCUUCAGCCUUCUUUGCUGCCCGGCUGGGGUGUCCUACAGAGGCGGCCAGGCUCAAGAGUGCUCCCUGCACCUACACAGUGUCCUCUCACUGCAAACAGCCAUUAGCUCCUACCCUGGUUUGCUGCAGCAGGCAAAUGCUGCUGCCUGUGCCUGCUCAGAGACAAGUCUGUUUUGCUGCCUGGGCAGUUUUUGUUGCAAAGAAAAGCCAGUCCUUCCUGUUCAUAAAGUGAUCAUUACAGAAUUAGAUCUUUCUUUCUCCUAUAUUUUAGCUGUGUGACGUAAAGUGAAAUUGGGUACCAUUUAUUUGCUACAGCUCCUACUUUGAUACUGGAAACAAAUUGCAUCUUGCAACAAAAAUUCAAGGGCGUUAGAGACGAUGAGUUGUGUGACGUGGAGAUAUUUGUCAUAUGGUGCAAAGCCAUAGUAAGCCAGAACGCAAAAACCAAAUGUGUGGUUCAACAGACUGCUGGUUAUGUGCUGACAUCUUUGCUUACCGUGAGAAAAUAUAUUUAGCCUGAGGCCAGUAAGACAGAGAGUAAUUGCCAAACCUAAUGUUAACGAAAUUUGGACUGAGACUUCAGGUUGGUGGAGGUUCCCAACUGGGGCACAGCGUGCCCAUUCCCCCUUGCUCAUUCCCUCUCCAGGAUGUGGCAUUGUCCAUCCUGCCUGAUCUCAGCCUGCGCCUCCCAAUCUUCAAUUGCAAAUUUUAGCGCUCAAGAGGCUUCCUUUUAAAUAGACGCACGUAACCUGAUUGGCCUCCUGGUGAUUAUUUCUUACAGGAACAAAGUAGUUUUGUUGUGCAUUAAUCAUUAAAGUGUGUCAAUAAACAAGAGCUUUCUGUAAGAUUCGGCGCUGCUUUUUUAGCUAUCAGGGUCUAGCUGAGCAGAUGGGCUUUAGUUUCAUAUACAUUUAUUAGAUUUUUACAUUUUUUUAACCUUUUCCUUAGAGAAAAAAAUGUACGUAUUUUUUACUCUGUGUGUGUGUCAGAAGGGUCUGGGUUGUACAUUUUUGUGAUUUGCUUUGAGCUCAACGUGAACAGAAGCUGAAAUUCUGUUAAAUAAAGGCACUGCCGCAAACAGCGAGAGGAUGAACUGGUUGUUUCUUGGCCACAUGUCUUUCCCAGAUUUGGGUCCAUACAGCAUAAUCUGUUUUCCAGUACCAGGAUUUACACCCUCCUGAAAAAGGGCAGAGGAAAACCUUACUUACAGGCCUCAGCCUCGGGGUGCGGAAGCCGCAGCUGAGGACCCCGCAGGCUCUGGAGGGGUUUCGGCUCCUGAGGUGAUGGGUGGGGUGCAGUUUUGGGAGGGAGGGCAGGUUUCUGAGGGUGUGGAGGGAGGAGGGAGUGUGCUGGGGGCAGAUGCUUCCCUGCAGAAGCUGAGCACCGCAGCUCCUUCCCAGGGAUGGGGGCAAGGGUGCUCCUGCCCAGAGGGUCCUCCCAGCCCCUAAAGAGCCCUCAAACAAACAAGUGGGCAAACCUUGGUCGCCACCAUUCUGCAGCCCUUCCUGGCAGCCUUGAGCUCCUUUUCCCUGUCCUGCUGGCCCCAGGAACUUGAAUUGCAGGGCCUUCUCAAGGAAGGUAAAAGCUUCUUACCUCCACAGAAUGUGGUGGGAAAUGUCAUGCUUGUUACACAAGUGAAACUUUUGAGGGUUGUGAGCCCGUGGUGAACUUUCAGCAGGUUGGGGUGUCAGGGUCAUCUCUGGGUCACACAAAUCCCACUCUGAGUCAGGCUGCUCUCUGCCUCUUUGCCUGGGGGAGCCCAGGAGAUUACAAGGUGCCACAAUGUGUUUUCCCUCUUGUGGUCUGCCCUGCUGGAGCUGCUUGUGGUCCAGCAGUUGCUGGUGGCUUCCCAGGCUGCUGGUGCUCCGUGAACUCACAGGGAAGCUGCCUUCCUGCAGCUCCCCACCCGCAGUCUCAUUGCUGGCAGGGUCCCUCACUGCCAGCCACCAUACAACAGGGACUUGGUCAUGGAAGCACCUGCUGCCAUUGCCUCCUCCUCCUCAAUCUGUCAGGGUCCUCUGUCCUCCAGCAGCCAACCCCUCCUGUGGCUCCUGUGACCUGUGCCCUUAGGUUUUAUCUGGACUUAUCCCACCAAAAUCCCUCUCAUGACUCCCAAGGGUAUCCCCAGCCUUCAGCUGCUGCUGUCUAUCCUGAAGAGUGGUUUCCCUGAAGGUGAAGGGGUACUGCCUCCCCGGCUCCACAACCCUUCACACCUCCCAUAAGAUGCUGCCUGUGGGUCUAGAACAACUCUCCAUGACUAACUGUCCACGGCAAACUCUUUGUGGAACACCUCUACACAGCCAGCUUUGUGCAGAGACAGCUCUGCGUGGUGGCAGGGACUGCUAGUUCCCUGCAUUCCUGGUUGCCCGGGGCUGAGGAGGAUGCUGGGGUGAUGGGAUGCCAUGCCCAUAAGUAUUUCAAUUGAAAAAACAACAAUAUCAUUCCUCAUGAAAAAGAGAACAAAAUACCAACCUGGUGCUUGGGGCUCCCCAUGUAGAGUUGCCCUCAUGGAGAGUUGGUCAUGUAGAGGUAUCCCACAGAGAGUUGUCACGUGGAGCGUUGGCUGCAGAGAGUUGGCCACAGAGUUUUCCCUUUCCCUUGCCUGCACCUUACCUGCAGCUCCAGGACAAUCACCAACCAGAUACUGGAAGCCCUGUGAGAGUCCUGAGAUCUUACAUGGUUCCCCUCCCCUCUCUUCACAUGGUUUAGCGGCAGAUAGGAAUGGUUGGACUCAGUGAUCUAAGAGGUCUUUUCCAACCUGGUGAUUCUAUGAUUAUAUGAUUCUUUAAGGCCGUUUUUCCCAGUUUCAGAUUACAGUCUCCUCUGUUGUCCUUUUUCUUUGAAGGAGGGCAGGUUGUCUCUGCCCUGAGUGCAUCAUCACUCUGAAACCCUUCAACUCUUUAGUCCCAACCUCAGACUUCCAAGAGUUAGAAGUGUGCCAGGACCCCAGAUUUCACUCAGGUGGGAGCUGUGUCAGGCCUCCCUGCUGGCCUAACACCUCCAAGCUACGCAAAGACUGGGAGCUGUGCCAUAGCAGGAACGGCCACAGCAGUAACUUGGGGUUGCCAUUGCUGGUGAAGGGCUCGGAAGCAGCUGCGACCACGGUGCAGUCAGUCACGUAGCGAGGCGCCAGCCUGCUUGUGGUGCAAGGAGAGGAAGUUGGGAGAGCCCAUGAGAAACUUUCACUCUCUGCAGGCAAACCAGCCUAAGUGGUGCCUGCUCCUGCCUGAAGCAGACGUGUGCUUUAUAGAAGUACCUCUUCCAGAGAGCAGAAAACCAGUUGGAAAGGUGUGAGAGAAUGGCAAUGGGUGCUGCAAGAAUCGCUGAAGUCAUAGUACAUAAAAGAGCCUUUAUCAGUCUCAGUUCGAUAUGUGCAGACCCAUCAUUUCCAAGUAUGAUCUGGAUCAAUUAUUCAUCUUUUAAUUGACCAGACACCGUAGUCCCGGUACUCCGAAGUGCUGCUGGUUUUUUUCCAAGCUGCCUGGGCCAUAUGUGUUUUGAAACCUUAUAUUUGGACUUCAGAGAGUCCCUGUGACAUUCUCUGUUAUAAGGUCUCCCCCGAGCCUUCUCCAGGCUGAACAACCCCAACCCUUUCAUCCUGUGCUCUCUGGAGCCUCCUCGUGGCCUCUCUGAACUCCCUCCAACAGAUCCAUGUUCUUCCUGUGCUGAGGACUCCAGAACUGAACACAGGACUCCAGGUGGGGUCUCACAAGAGCAGAGCAGAGGGGGAGGAUCACCUCCCUCGACCUCCUGGUUACAAUUCUGAGCAGCCGAGGAUAUGGUUGGCCUUCUGGGAUGUCCACUGUUCCUCUGUCGUACUGUACAGAUGUGCCCUGUAUGCUCCAGCGUGACAAACUAUUUUCUGUUUACCUUACUUUAUAAUUUUUUUUUCCUGUUUAGAAAUAGAUUAUGCAAUCAUCUGAUUUAUCUUCCAGGCAAAGAAAUCUCUUCAAGGCAGAAAAGGGACACAUAUCCUCAGUGAUAUAGAAUUUUAUUUUUUUUUUAAUUCCUGAGGUUAAAAAAGGGGAGAAAAAAAGCAUCAAGAAACUUUUCAGUACACAACCGUCUACAUCUCUGUAACUGCGCAGAUGCUGGUGCACACAAACCUCUUUUUCACCUGGAGCAUGAAGAUUUAUGUGAACAAGGUUUGCAAUUCUUUGGCAGUUAAGAAAAAAAGAUACUUCCGAACAAGUUACAAUCUCAGUGACUGAGUGUAAUUAAAACUAUAGUGCAAUUUCAGUUUUAAAAAAGGAGCAAAGUCAGGCUUUUGUAGCUUUGCUUCGUAAGAUGGUACGCUCUUGUGAAACACAGCUCUGUGAUUUUUCAUAAAGCAACAUUGAGUAAAGUUGAGUAAAGGAACACUGUCAUUUUAUUAAAGCAGCUACGUUCUUUCCUUUGCAUAAAUCUCUGCAUAACAAAAAAUAUCACCUUCCAUUGUUCCAUCACCCAGGAAGAACACCCAACCACUUAUGCUGACCACAGUGUAUACUCUCUUUGUCCUACGAAUGCGACAUCUCCUUUCUUUUCCCCUAAUUGCAUUCCUCCUGAUGAUAAAAUGGCCAAUUCAACAAACCACCUGAGUGCCUGUAAAUAAACAGAUUUACUAGCAUCCCUGGCACAGCUCACAUGAAUGAGUCCUUUAUGAAUGAGGUAUAAGAUGCUUGAAUUAAAUCUCUUGCACAAUCCUACACUUACGCUAAGUCCUUUAUACGGUCUCCAUGGCCCCAGUGAAAAACGACCUGGUACAUUCAAGCAAGAGUUCAGUACUAAUGACAGGUUCUUUACUCCAUUCUCUGGACAGCCUGCGGUGGAAAAGACUCCCUCUUCUAGCUGACGUGAUCGGAUUCUCAUUCUUGAACAGUUACAUUCCUGUCUACUUGUACGUUACCAGCUUGAGUAUUUCCUCUUUUAAAGCUUUUUCUCUUUCUUAAAUGCUCUUCUUGGAUAGAAGCAAACCUCUUUUUUUUUUGUCUUUAAAUUACAGGUUCUGGCUC